AUGGACAUGGCAAGGACCUUUGCCAACAUGUUGAUUGGCCGUGAAGUCGUGCAGUGUCACCAGAAGGUGACGGAUUUAAUGAUCCAAUGGCUACAGAAGGAAACACCAUUGACUUACAUGCAAGGAAGGAACCAUGUCAUGGCCAUUUGCUUUCGAGAGCUGCAGGAGGAGGAUGCAGCGUUGAAGGUGUUUGACUUUGUGAUCCGCCAGGCGGAUGAAGAUCUCUUCCAGCCUGAUGGCGAGAAGCUCUAUUUUGCGACCCACAAGUUGGCCCAGGAGCUCCCCCAUGAGGUUCGGAGCGCGAGCCCUCGCUUGACAAUGAGGUUUGGUGAGGCAGAGAUCGAUUGCAUGCCGAUGAUGGUUCAAAGCUGGAUGAUGUAUCUCUUUGCGCACGUGCUGCCCACGGAGGCAGCCAACAGAUUGUGGGAUCACAUUUUUGAGACCCAAGGUAACGUGGUGAAGUUUGCAGCGCAAUUGCUGCUCUCUGGCAAGCAAGAAUUGUUGAGGUGCCAGGAGAAGGGGUCGCACAAGGUUCUUUCGAACCUGCCAAGUAGAAUUGCAAGCCCAGAAGAUGUGGACCAGCUACUCUGCUGCGAUUUCAGUGAUGAACGAGGUGGAAAAGAUUGCCGAGCAUCAUGUGUUUCCACAAGAGAAGCAAGUGCAGAUAGAAGAAGCUCAGCGCUCAGAUCUGGGGCAUGCAGACCUUCUCGGGCGGGAACGGCCUCGUUUUGGAACGCGCAAUUGGUCUCAAUUUGGAACGCGGGCGGUUGGUCUCAAUUUGGAAUGCGGUGGUUUUUGCUUUUCCAAAAUGAGCCGAGUUGUGUUUUCCAAAAUGAGCCUCCUCUCUUCCCCGGCCAGCCCAGAUGCCCAAGCGCUGGCAACCAGGAAGGUUAUCACGGCGGCCAUGGGCAUUCCGUGGCUGCUGAUGCAUGCCGCACAGCUGCAUGA